AUGAAAUCUUUAUUUUUACCAUUGCAGAAUAAUAGAAUUUUCAUUUUUCUAUUAACUACUCGUGUCAGUGAACUAGGAAUCAAUCUUACUGGUGCUAAUCGAGUGGUAAUUUUUGAUCCUGAGUGGAAUCCUUCUACCGAUAUUCAGGCACGGGAGCGAACAUGGCGUACUGGACAGGGACGUGCUGUUACUAUAUACAGAUUGUUAACCGGUGGCACCAUUGAAGAGAAAAUUUAUCAUAGGCAAAUUUUUAAAGUUUCCCUAUCAAAUCGUAUAUUGACUGAUCCGAGACAACAUUGA